UGUACUCUGAAUAUAUUCACAAGGCAUAGAAGCCCCCCAACUGUGGGACUUUAGAAGUGUUGGCUCCAAAAAUGGCCAAUCUAUGGCUUAACCUUGUCUAUGCAUUGGGAUUGUUCUUGUUAGCGACCAAUGUAGUAGCAGCCAUUGACAAGCCUAAUUUUGUCCACUCUCCACCCCCUAACCAAAUAAGACGACCACCAAUAAAGGUCCCAAACCCACUACCACCAUUCCACAAUCAUAGGCAACCACCUCCACUACCACCAUAUUACAAGAAGUCUCCUCCACCACCGCCAAGUCGUCGUAAAUCCCCGCCACCGCCACCACCAUACUAUAAGAAGUCUCCUCCUCCACCACCAAGUCGUCGUAAAUCUCCGCCACCUCCACCACCAUACAACAAGAGGUCUCCUCCUCCACCACCAAGUCGUCGUAAAUCCCCGCCACCUCCACCACCAUACUACAAGAGGUCUCCUCCUCCACCACCAAGUCGUCGUAAAUCCCCGCCACCUCCACCACCAUACUACAAGAAGUCUCCUCCUCCACCACCACCACGCCAUCAACAUCGUAAGUCUCCACCACCUCCACCACCAUACAACAAGAAUUCGCCUCCACCACCAGCACCACCACAUAAUUCCCAAAUGUCCCCACCACCGCCAAUGCCAAACUACCAAAACUCCCCUCCUCCACCACAGCUAGACAACCAAAAGUCUCCCCCGCCUCCUUAUGUUUCUAAAUCUCCUCCACCACCAUCAUCAACACCUCCCCCUCUUUCACCUCCAACUCCAUCCUCACCACCAUCCUCACCUCCAUCACCUAGUAUUGAACCACCAUUACCAACUUCUCCAUCUCCAUUCCCAUCCAUACCUCUACCUCCAGCUCCAUCCUCUUCUCCAUCCCCAUCUACACCCUUGUUGCCACCACCUUUUCCAUCUCCUUCCCCGUCAUCAUCUUCAUCUCCAUUACCUGGAAUCGAACCACUACUACCACCUUCUCCAUCUCCUUUCCCAUCCACACCUCUAUCUCCAACUCCAUCUCCGUCCUUAUCUCCAUCUACAUUCUCACUACCACCACCAUCUCUAUCUCCAUCUAUAACCCCAUCACCUAUCAUUGAGCCACUGUCACCACCACCUCCAUCUCCUUCCCCGUCACCAUCUUCAUCCACAUUACCUGGCAACGAACCUCUACUACCGCCUUCUCCAUCUCCAUUCCCAUCCGAACCUCUAUCUCCAAAUCCAUCUUCUUCCUUAUCUCCAUCUACAUUCCCACUACCACCACCAUCUAUAUCUCCAUCACCUGUCAAUGAGCCACUGCCACCACCUUCUCCAUCUUCUUCCCGCUCACCAUCUUCAUCCCCAUUACCUGGUAACGAACCACUACUACCACCUUCUCCAUCACCAUUCCCAUCCGAACCUCUAUCUCCAAAUCCAUCUUCUUCCUUAUCUCCAUCUACAUUCCCACUACCACCACCAUCUAUAUCUCCAUCACCUGUCAAUGAGCCACUGACACCACCUUCUCCAUCUUCUUCCCCCUCACCAUCUUCAUCCCCAUUACCUGGUAACGAACCACUACUACCACCUUCUCCAUCUCUAUUCCCAUCCACACCUCUAUCUCCAACUCCAUCUUCCUCCUUAUCUCCAUCUACAUUCCCACUACCACCACCAUCUCUAUCUCCAUCUAUAUUCCCAUCACCUAUCAAUGAGCCACUACCACCACCUUCUCCAUCUCCUUCCCCGUCAUCAUAUUCAUCUCCAUUACCUGGAACCGAACCACUACUACCACCUUCUCCAUCUCCGUUCCCAUCCACACCUCUAUCUCCAACUCCAUCUCCGUCCUUAUCUCCAUCUACAUUCCCACUACCACCACCAUCUCUAUCUCCAUCUAUAACCCCAUCACCUAUCAUUGAGCCACUGUCACCACCAUCUCCAUCUCCUUCCCCGACACCAUCUUCAUCCACAUUACCUGGCAAUGAACCACUACUACCACCUUCUCCAUCUCCAUUCUCAUCCGAACCUCUAUCUCCAACUCCAUCUUCUUCCUUAUCUCCAUCUACAUUUCCACUACCACCAACAUCUCUAUCUCCAUCUAUAUCUCCAUCACCUGUCAGUGAGCCACUGCCACCACAUUCUCCAUCUCUUUCCCCCUCACCAUCUUCAUCCCCAUUACCUGGCAACGAACCACUCCUACCACCUUCUCCAUCUCCAUUUGCAUCCACACCUCUAUCUCCAACUCCAUCUUCUUCCUUAUCUCCAUCUAUAUUCGCACUACCACCACCAUCUCUAUCUCCAUUAGUAUCCCCACCACCUAUUAAUGAGCCACUGCCACCACCUUCUCCAUCUCCUUCCCCGUCACCAUCUUCAUCCACAUUACCUGGCAACGAAGCACUACUACCACCUUCUCCAUCUCCAUUCCCAUCCGAACCUCUAUCUCCAAAUCCAUCUUCUUCCUUAUCUCCAUCUACAUUCCCACUACCACCACCAUCUAUAUCUCCAUCACCUGUCAAUGAGCCACUGCCACCACCUUCUCCAUCUUCUUCCCCUUCACCAUCUUCAUCCCCAUUACCUGGUAAUGAACCACUACUACCACCUUCUCCAUCUCUAUUCCCAUCCACACCUCUAUCUCCAACUCCAUCUUCUUUCUUAUCUCCAUCUACAUUCCCACUACCACCACCAUCUCUAUCUCCAUCUAUAUCCCCAUCACCUAUCAAUGAGCCACUGCCACCACCUUCUCCAUCUCCUUCCCCGUCAUCAUAUUCAUCUCCAUUACCUGGAACCGAACCACUACUACCACCUUCUCCAUCUCCGUUCCUAUCCACACCUCUAUCUCCAACUCCAUCUCCAUCCUUAUCUCCAUCUACACUCCCACUACCACCACCAUCUCUAUCUCCAUCUAUAACCCCAUCACCUAUCAUUGAGCCACUGUCACCACCAUCUCCAUCUCCUUCCCUGUCACCAUCUUCAUCCACAUUACCUGGCAAUGAACCACUACUACCACCUUCUCCAUCUCCAUUCUCAUCCGAACCUCUAUCUCCAACUCCAUCUUCUUCCUUAUCUCCAUCUACAUUUCCACUACCACCAACAUCUCUAUCUCCAUCUAUGUCUCCAUCACCUGUUAGUGAGCCACUGCCACCACAUUCUCCAUCUCUUUCCCCCUCACCAUCUUCAUCCCCAUUACCUGGCAACGAACCACUCCUACCACCUUCUCCAUCUCCAUUCGCAUCCACACCUCUAUCUCCAACUCCAUCUUCUUCCUUAUCUCCAUCUACAUUCGCACUACCACCACCAUCUCUCUCUCCCUCUAAAUCCCCAUCACCUGUCAUUGAGCCACUGCCACCACCUUCUCCAUCUCCAUCUCUAUCCCCAUUUCCAUCUUCAUCCCCUUCACCUAGCAAUGAAGCACCUCUAGCACCUUCUGUUUCUCCAUCUCCAUUAUCGUCCACACCACCAUCCACACCUAUAUCUCCAAAUCCAUCUUCUUCUCUAUCCCCAUCGCUACCUCCAUUGUCUCCAUCUUUAUCCCCAUCACCUGUCUAUGAGCCGUUACCAUCACCUUCUUCAUCUCCAUCUCCUUUCACAUCCCCAUCCACACCUCCAUUUUCUUCUUCAUAUCCACCCCCAUCCACAUCUCCACUACUACCACCUUCUUCAUCCCCAUCACCUGGCAAUGAAGCACCUCUAAUACCUUCUCCUUCUCCAUUAUCAUCCAUACCUAUAUCUCCAAAUCCAUCUUCUUCUCUAUCCCCAUCACUAACACCAUUGUCUCCAUCUCCAUCUUUAUCCCCAUCACCUAUCUAUGAGCCAUUGCCACCACCUUCUCCAUCUUUGUCUCCAUCUCCUUUCACAUCCCCAUCCCCGUCCAUACCUCCAUCUUCUUCUUCAUAUCCACCCUCAUCCACAUCUCCACUACUACCACCUUCUUCAUCCCCAUCCUCACCUCCCUUUCCAUCCUUAUCCCCAUCUUCAUCUCCAUCAUCAUCAAAACCUCCAUAUCUAUCCCCAUCCCCAUUCACACCACCUGUCAAUGAACCAAUACCAGCCCAUUCUCCAUCUUUAUCCUCCUCUCCAUCUCCAUCCCCAUCUGCAACUCCAUCUCUACCACCAUCCCCAUCUCCAUCUCAAGUUUUAUCCCCAUCCCCAUCACAAGUCAAUGAAUCACAAUCACAACCUUCGCCAUCUCCAUCUCCAUCCUCCUCACCGUCUCCAUCCCCAUCUUCAUCCAUAACUCCAUUGCCACCACCCUUGCCAUCUCAAUCUCCAUCCCCAUCCACCUCUCCUUUUGUAUCUCCGUCCCCAUCCCCAUCUCCAUCCAUAUCCACAUCCCCAUCAUUACCUUCUUCACCAUCCCCAUCACCAUUAGAACCUCCACCUCCAUAUAUUCAUCAAUCACCACCACCACCACCUCCUCCAUCUCCUCCCCCACCUAGUUACAAGUCUCCACCACCACCUCCUCCAUCCCCUCGUCCACCUUGGUACAAGUCUCCACCACCACCUAAGUCAUCUCCUCCUCCACCUCGCUACAAGUCUCCACCACCACCUAAGCCAUCUCCUCCUCCACCCCGGUACAAGUCUCCACCACCACCUAAGCCAUCUCCUCCUCCACCUCGAUACAAGUCUCCACCACCACCUAAUCCAUCUCCUCCUCCACCCCGCUACAAAUCUCCACCACCACCUAAGCCAUCUCCUCCUCCACCCCAGUACAAGUCUCCCCCACCACCUUCUUCAUCUCCUCCUCCACCCCGGUACAAGUCUCCACCACCACCUAAGCCAUCUCCUCCUCCACCUCGAUACAAGUCUCCACCACCACCUAAGCCAUCUCCUCCUCCACCCCGCUACAAGUCUCCACCACCACCUAAGCCAUCUCCCCCUCCACCCCGCUACAAGUCUCCACCACCACCAUCAGGCUCAUCUCCUCGUACUUAAGACUACAAGUAUUUAAGACCUCAUAUCAUUGACUAAACAAAUCACAAUUUCUAUGAGAUUAUGUACCUUAUUAUAAACUGAUGAAAGAAUAAUUGUUGCUAAAGUUCUUAGGCUCUAUUAUCGAGCUUUGGUUUAUAUCAUUGUAACUCAAUGCCAAUCAAGGUAACCGUUCAGGACAACCGAGAUGUGAUAUGCUUGGCAGCUCUUGUGCAAUACAUAGAUGUAUUUUAUUGACUUGAUAUAAUGAAACGAUGGUUACAUGA